AUGGCGGCGACACGGACUGAGGAGGGAGGCCAUCGCGGUGCGACGCUCGUGGCGCUGGCAGUGGCUUGCUUGUUUUAUGUGCCUUAUUGGUGGGUCGUGACGUCUCCGGUGCGUCAUGAUCUGCCUGCUGCCGCCAUUCAGCAGCUUCGGGUGACGGCGCCGACCCCGCUGUCGCUGCCGUGGUUCAUGGGCAAUGGGAGCGAGAACCAGACGCUGCCCCCAGAGCACUUUCAGCGACUGGCUCUGGCCUUGGCGCGCUGGAACGUCAAACUCCCCACCGAACCAAGCUCUCAUUCUGAUGACGCUUUGCUGCACCUGCAUACCGCGGCGGGGGCUGAGGCUGCGAGUCCUGGUUUGGAUUUCCAGCUGCGAUUGGGCCAACUCGAGAGCCGCGGUGCGCUCUCGGCUCUCGAGGCGCGGGCGCGUAGCGGGACGGCACGGCCCUGUAGCGCCAUCGUAGUCUCGCUUCGGCAAAAAGAUUGUCCACUGGUCCUCCCACCCGUCAACUCGACGAUUCUGCGGCAGCUGGAGGCGAGCUUGGCCCCGCUGCCCAUAACGGUGCAAGAGUCGGUCUUUGUGGACGACGCCCAGGCCUGCUACGAGCCCGUGACAGUGCCCACCUCCAGCUGUCAGCAGCCUUUUGAAUCCGAGGCAAUUCGACUUGCAAGCCUUGGGGCUCUUCAGCACUUGUGGCGCUCAUCCACGGUGGAUCUCGGCCCGGCCGCCCUGGUCCUGGCCAUGGCGCAUGCGGCGCGCGCACGCAGCCGCCAUUUACUGAUUGCACUUCUUGAGGAGGUUGACUCCAUCAGUAAUCUGAAUAUACCCUUGGACCUUCAGCGACAGGUUGGAUCGUGUGCUGCUGUCACUAUUCUCUGA